AUGCAACCUAUGAGAAAGACCACACCAGGCGGUGAUACGGGGAAUCAUACUGGGAAUUCACGUGUAUUUCGAUCGGGUAUGGUCUCGGCGUUCUCCAGUCGCGGUCCUACAACAACGGAGCUGCCUUUAGGGGCGGGGCGCAUGAAGCCGGAGGUGGUGGCGGUGGGGGAACGCGUUUGCGCUUUAGAGGCUGUACGAAUGGGGAGGAACGGUGGGGAGUUCACGACAGAUUUUCACCCGGCUUCGAAACGCGAAGAAAUAACCGCCCAAACGUCUAUAAGGACCCCCAACCACGCGGUGGAUGACGGAGCUGCUUUCGAUACUGCGGGCGAGACGUGGGCGGAGUCUUGGACGCUAGUGAGCAACCGCUCCGGUACAAGCAUUGCCGCUGCCCUCGUCGCAGGUGCUGUGGUGUUAUGCAUUGAAGCACUUCAGCAACCAAACCUCGUAUCACAUCCAACACCAUCUUUACCCACUAAAAUAAAUAUCGCGCUAAUCAAAGAGAUUCUUAUCAAAACUGCUAGACGCCUUACACCACCGGCAAUGAAGCAAGUGAGGGAAAAAGAAGGUGCAUGGUACUUCGCUACACGACGCAAUCUUUUCAGGAGCAAUUCAUCUACUGCCCCCGUUAACGCCGGGGAUGCUCUUAUGCGUACGUACACCGAUUACCUCCAUCUGUUACAGUAUAGCAUGGUAGCUCAAGGAGCGGGUGAAAUUCAACCCGACCGCGCUCUCGUCCUAAUCGAGGCGCGUACUAAGCGAUUCCAGCGAGAAGCGAAUGACGCAACUUCACGAGAGGUGGAAAGAGAUCGCAAAUCUGCGCAAGAUCACCAUCGUCAUGAUGAUGAUGAUGAGCAUCAUAACGAUGGUGAGUUGUCUGCUGCGGAACGUCUUACUCUCGCUGGAUGGGUGGUUUUCCCGCCGCGGCUAGACGUGCAAACCAAUGACUUUUGUAAGUAUGGAAACUGUCAAGCUGAGAGAGCCGAUUGUCUCUACCACUGGCCGCACUGCGAACAGGCGCUCUAUCUCGGCGCGGCGCCGAAAGUAUUUAAUCUGACGCUGCACGUCGCCGGCUGCGCAAAUGCUACCCUAUUGCAAUGCAACGAUAGCAAUAUCAACAGCAAAGAAGAAAAACGAGAGAAAAUGCAAUCGAAGGUGGAUAAUGAUGUCUCUCGUUUCAAAGGGCACUUUGAAUCUGAGGCUUUGGAGCGUCGUGGAUGGAGCUACACUAUUGAUGAUGUGGUUGGCUAUAAAGCUGUAGAUGGGGGAUUUUGCGAUCCUUUUCAUCGUGAUCAUGGUGGCAAGGAAGAAAAACGAAAUUGUUAUAGAACGUUCUCGCUAAAUCAUUCGAUUUUACAGUCUUCUUUAGCGAUCCCUAAGCUUAAUAUUCAGGUGGAUGCCACAAGGAAGCUGCACGCUCACACGGGCACCGUAUCUGUUAUGAUUCAAGCAUUCCUUCCUAAUCGCAGCGAAUGCCAGGAUAACAAAAACAGCGAGAAUCGUAAAUCUCCCCCUAACUCUGAGUGUGGGGAUAAUAUUGUUGGCAUCAGAAGGAAGCAAAGCAAUUCCAUUCUUCCGAAUCCAUACGUGCAAAUUGAUAUGCGUGGGAAAAUUAUGCUCGUUUACUCGUGCAGUAAGGCACCCUGCGCGCUCGCUAUGAAAGCGCGAACCCCUUUUCUAACACACAUCACCAUUCCAUUUGUCGUUUCCAUCAAGACUAAAUCGCCUUCACGUUUGCGACGUCUGAUUAUCGAUACUUCACAUCUGCGGUUGAAUUCUUUAGAUUAUUCGUCGUCGUCAUCCUCAACCUUUUCACAAGGUAAUUCAUUUUCAACCGUUGGGGGUGAUGGAAAUUUCUACAAGGCGGGGGGUGGUUUUACCAGGGCUUCAUCGGCUUCCCGUGCGAACCCUAGACCUUUUGUUAAUCAUCCACACGCAAAUCUCGCUUUGCUCUUUCUCUUUUUAACCCGAGAGCUGGGAUUUUAUGUGGAUUUCUUCUCCAUUUUGAUCCCACAGUCCUUUUCCUCAUCGAGCUUGGAAUGUAAGCGCGAAGGUGAAAUGGCUUGGAUGACAGAUUACCUUUCUUCCGUGGGCACCCUGCUAAUCGCGCACCAGUGGCUGCCGAUGCUGCCUUCUGUACGACGUCUUAUCACCUCGGCGAUUCGGUCUGAUACCAAUCGUGGUGGUUUAAACGUAAUUUUAAUUACCGACUGGAUGAACCCUCCAGCCGCGACGCAUUUUUUUCGAAGCUCUGACGAGCAUAAGGCAAGCAAAGAUAUGAAUAAGACUAGUCCAGCUUUUUCUAUUUUCGAAACAAGACAGAACUACGCUCCCAUAUCUGAAGAGGUGAGCAGCGAUCCAGACUUUUUUUCUAAGCUGUGUUCUAUAGUUGUUACGGCUGAGGCUUGUUGUGGUAAUGCCUCUGAACAACGUUCUUUCCACCCGAUCAUGCCAUCUUCACCCGUUACUGGUGAGUGUUCAACGUGUGAUUGCGGUUUGAAAAGCUCCCGCGUUUUCUCCCUCAACCGUUGGGUGAAGGAGUUGAUCCAUAAAGAUACGGGAGCCCGAGAUAAAAAUCAAUCCAACCCAUGUCAUAAUCGAGAAAAGUGCCCCCUAAUACCCCACACCGCAAUGAUCCCCGAACUUAGCGAGGUGGAUGUGCGUCCUGGGUUGUGGAUGACAUCACUCGAUUUGCGCCCGCCAUUCCCUUGUGGUGGGGUUCAAAAAGGCUUUAGAGGGCGACGGGAGGCUGCUCAUGCUCCGGAGCGGUGGCGCUCUAUUGGCGAAUUCCGCGCGGGAGGGAUUCUUCGUUUGGUGAGCAAUCCCAUCACGCCCGGCAGCGCGCCUGACAAACUCACCGAACCCCUACAACCCGCCGCGUAUGAUUUACUCCUCUGUGGUGGCUACGAUCCCUGGAAAAAGUCGCGACAGCCGUGGGGCAAACGCGAAUUCUCCGGAAAAGAACCUCCUCCCCCCAUUUCUUCAUCUCAAGGGACGAUUGGAAUCUUGUCGUUCCCUUCGUUUUCUUAUUCUGCGGGGGAGGUAGGGUUUAUGACGGAUAGCUAUUGCCUCUCCGCCUCCACGCCGAAGGUUCAACGACUGUUCACGCAACUCCUUCAGGUUUAUGUGGCCCAUCACGUGGAUUUUGCCGAACUUCACGACGAAGGCCUUUACUUUUUUAACCCGCAGAACGACCUGAUUCGACGCCUGCAUCAGUCCGAAGGCGUUCAAUCCACCACCUGUCUGGAGCUCCUUAAAGAACUUUUUUACGCCGUAUUAGCGAAGCAUCACGGGUGGUUUUCUCCAGUCCGUGAAGGUAAUCCUGUGGGAGCGCGGGCAGGGGUGUAUCCACCCCCCUGCCGGGUGGCGGUUGGGAUGUUUGAUCAUGCUUUUCUCGAUAAAAAGCGCCUCGAUGAAAAUACGCAAAAACAAGAUGUGGAUGAAGAAGAAUUAUCCACCCCUAAUCGAUCUCACGCCUUUCUGGAGGAGACCUUCCCGUACGAGGAGGUGGAGCUGAUGCAUCACAUUCUUCAGAGCUCGUCAUCAGAUCAGAUGCAGGUGGGGAUUCUUGUCAAUUCGAUGUUGCAUCGAUCCCCUUUUGUGCGUUUCACGCAGAUGAGCUUUGCGGGUGAGAUCCCAUCUUGUGAUCGGGAUGUUUCCGUGGAGGGGAGUGUGGGCAACCCUCGCGAGGAAUUCUCACGAUCUUCUUUAUUAAGCACCGCACGUGAGGAGGAGGAGGAGUUUCUACAACAUUUAGGAACCCCCUACAACGACGAUCCCGCCGCGGCAGUCCUUUCUUCGCCCGCUCGAAACGCAAAUCAGGGAGGGGGCGUUGACUCCUGUGGCCGGCUUCCUCCCACCGCAUUCUUGGAAAGAAAUCCAGAAUGGGGGUUGGGAUUGAAAAGGAUGGCAGAAAAAGCAGGAUUUCGCGUCGUGGGGGCUUUCCUGCUAGUGAUUUUCAUCGCCUUUUUCGUUCGAGGAGGUCGGUUCUGCGCGGGGAUGCGGCGACGACCGCCAUCCCCCACGCCGCGGCGGGUGGCGACCAUUUAA